UCACGUGACAGAGGUAAAAAGUCAUGUGAACAUCAUAUGUUUUUGAACAAUAAAAUAGUUGACUGUCGCUUUUGUUUGUAGUCAACAUGGGCAUCCUGUACGCUCUGCAAUGUUUUCUGUUUCUUCUUUCUAUCAUAGCGUCUGUAAACGGCGACACUCCCGCUAACUGCACUUACGAGGACUUGAGAGGAGAGUGGUUGUUUAAAGUCGGUUCCGGUGGCAAUGACAGAACAUUGAAAUGUGACAGUUUUGCAAUGAUGACCACAUUGAAGGUAAAACUGUACUUUCCAGAUUAUGCUGUAGAUCAAUAUGGAAAUAAAGGUUUUUGGACCCUCAUUUAUAACCAGGGUUUUGAGGUUGUGAUUGCAGGCAGGAAGUAUUUUGCCUUUUCCAUGUUCAAAAAAGAUGGUAAAAACAUCACCAGUAUGUGUGACCAAACAUUUCCAGGAUGGUCACAUGAUACAUUUGACAGGGACUGGUCUUGUUUCUCUGGAAUGAAGAUGUCCAGUGUUGCUCCAAAGACAUAUCAGCUACCAGAUAAUAAAAGGUUGUAUGGUGAUAUUUUAUACAAGACUGACCACUCUUUUAUCAAGAAGAUUAACCAGCAUCAAAAGAGCUGGCAAGCCGUCCAUUAUCCAGAAUAUGAAAAAAUAACAGUGGAAGAUAUGAUCAAAAGGGCUGGUGGUAGAAAGUCAAGAAUUAUUGGAAGGCCAAAACCAGCUAGACCAACCAGAGAACAAACAUUGAAAGCUCAAUCUCUUCCUGACUCAUUUGACUGGAGGAAUGUUGGUGGAAUGAACUAUGUCUCACCAAUCAGAAACCAAUUGAGUUGUGGUAGUUGUUAUGCCUUUGGUUCAUUAGCUAUGAAUGAGGCCCGUGUUCGUAUUAUGACAAAUGGUACAAAGACUCCAGUUUUCUCAACACAGGACAUUGUUGAAUGCAGUGAAUACUCUCAAGGUUGUGAUGGUGGCUUCCCAUAUCUGAUUGGAGGCAAAUAUGCCGAAGAUUUUGGAUUGGUUGCUGAGUCCUGCAAUCCCUACACUGGCAAAGACGGUCAAUGUAAAACUAAAACUUCCUGUCCAAGACAAUAUGCUACUAAAUAUGAAUAUAUUGGUGGAUUUUACGGAGCUUGUAAUGAAGAACUUAUGAUGGAAAAUUUGGUUAAAAAUGGACCUAUCGCAGUGUCGUUCAUGGUUUAUGCUGAUUUUAUGCAUUACAAAAGUGGAAUUUAUCAACACACAACAUUGACUAAUGGUUUUAAUCCAUUUGAAAUAACAAAUCAUGUGGUUCUUGUGGUUGGAUAUGGAUAUGAUUCAGAAAUUGGCCACAAAUAUUGGCUGGUUAAAAACAGUUGGGGUACAAAGUGGGGAGAAGAUGGGUUUUUCCGCAUUAUGAGAGGAGUUGACGAAUGCUCUCUUGAAAGUAUUGCUGUUCAGUCAUUCCCAAUUCUGUAAAAUAAGGAUGUGGACAUACAAUAUUUUUUAGUUAUUUAUUACUCUUGGUGGUGAUUUCCAUGGUGAAUACCUGUGAUUGUUGGUGAUUUGCUCUGAAAUAUCUUUGUGUUUUUUAUUAAUUUUAUAUGAUAGAGUCAUAAAUUAAAAUGUUAUGCUACUUCA